CCGCCCCCUACGGGGCGAGGUGAGGCGGGGCCGGGCGGAAGCGCAGUGGCCAGCGGGCAGCAGCGGGCGUCGGCACGGUGUGCGCGCUGUCAGAGGGGACGCGGGUCGUCAAUGAAAACUGGAGAAAUGGCUAAAUUGACACAGUUAAUUGACAAUGAUAUCUUCCGGGCCUAUGCUACUUAUGCGACUAUUGUUCUUCUGAAAAUGAUGCUAAUGAGUCUUGUAACCGCAUACUUCAGAAUCACAAAAAAGGCAUUUGUCAACCCAGAAGAUACAGCGUCAUUUGGAAAAGGCGAGAAUGCUAAAAAAUAUCUGCGGACUGAUCCAGAUGUUGAGCGUGUCCGUAGAGGCCACCUGAAUGACCUUGAAAAUAUCGUCCCAUUUCUUGGCAUUGGACUGUUGUAUGCUUUCAGCAGCCCUGAGCUGUCUACAGCCUUGCUGCAUUUCAGGAUCUUCGCUGGGGCUAGGAUCAUUCACACUUUUGCAUACUUGAUCCCUCUUCCCCAGCCCAGCAGAGGUUUGUCUUGGGCAGUUGGGUAUGCAGUGACCAUCUCAAUGGCAUACAAAGUGCUGAAGACGGCAUUGUACCUGUAGCAGUCAUAGCUUCUGUGUACCAUUUGACAUUCCACACAGAGUUUCCAGCAGUAUGUGUUGGAUGUCUUGAAUGAGCCAGCAUCAGUUUUCCGUGGUGACUGGAAUUUGUUUUUUUUAACAGAGGCUUUUUAUUCUGGUUCAGAAAUAUUUCUUUUUGGAAGACAAAAUCAUUCUCCAUGUAUUCUGUAUUCGUGGGCCGCAUUGCUAGAAUAUUAGAUUGAAUGUUCCCUUUGCAAUUUGUCAAGUGCUUAUGAUUCUAAACAUGCGAUGAUGCUGUAUUGAUAGCAUGUGCGGUAAUUUUCUACAGAUGCACUAUUUUUGGCUGUAGCUCUGAAGUCUAAAUCAAUAAAGACAAGAGGAAAAAAAAAAGUUUGUAUUUUUGUUUUCAUUUUGACUCUCCUCACUGCAGCCAGCAAAUAGCAUGUCACUAUGUAUCAGGAAGAGAUUCCAAUCAUACAGUUCUUUGAAGAAUCCUUACCUUAAUAAUAAGAUAUAACCAGUAGUGCUAGGCUUAUUGUAAAAAAUCUUUGAUGAAAUUGUUUUUCAUAUAAUCCACUUUGGGAUUAAAAAAACUAAACUGUUGCAGCUCCAUUUCUCUCAGUUGAAUAGAUAUAAAAGAAAGAAAAUAUUUGGGCUAAACUCUGUUUAGUGACACUGGUGAAAAUGUCAGGUAAUUCUUUUUCUUGAAGUUACUCCAGACAGGUUUUGUGACUGGAUAAAGUGUAGACCCUUUGUAGAAGAUUUU